AUGGAAAACAAAAGCAGAAAAGACCACUUACAAGCCGUAUGGUUCGCCGCCGGCAUGGCGAUAGUAAUCGCGUGCGUGGAACGCGCCGUCGUGGUGUCCAUAUUCAAACAGUUGCACAUGUGGGUUUUUCUUGCACUUAACCUCUUGUUAAUCGCCAUUCUCUUCACUUCCACACACCCACCUCGAACCCAUUCAAACCCAUCUCCUAAAUCUCAAGAAUCCCACAAAAAACAACCACCACCGGUGACUAACCACGCUGACGACGUCGUUGACGACAGAGCAAAUGUGGUAAAUGAGUUGAACCAGAGUAACGAAGAGAAAGAAGAAAGCUAUUUUGCUGAUGAAGACAACGAUGAUGAUGAUGAAAAGUUGUCGGGUUUGUUGUCGAAUGAGGAGUUGAAUGAGAGAGUAGAGGCUUUUAUUUCAAGAUUCCGGCAACAGUAUUUGGUUUCCGACGUUAAGAUCCGGCGAAGUAGUUCGGAUGAUGUGUGUGGGCGUGCGGUUUUCUCGAAGACUAUUACGGUUUGA